CAUGUACGCUUCCGGUUCAAAGUAGAGCGUGCCGCUGCUGCAUUAUCACUUUGAACCGUGAAUCAUUGACAGUCCAUACGCUGAAGAGUAAGGUCAGAGUGUAAUCUAGAUAAUGGCUGAAAAGACUGAUCCCCCUGUCAUCCUGGGUCAUAAUUUAUGGGGAACCUUAACACAUCAUUUUGGGUCGGACCUGCAUCAUCAUGAUGUGGCUGAUGGGCCAGACAGGAUAUAUAUGGAUUACAACGCUACCACACCAGUCGACCCAGAGGUGGUCAGGGUUGUUACUGAUGCUUUAACUGAAGCGUGGGGAAAUCCCAGCAGUAAUUACCUACCAGGUCUGAAAGCCAGAGACAUCAUUUACCAUUCCAGAGACACUAUUGCCAGGAUGGUUGGUGGAAAAGCAGCAGACAUUAUUUUUACUUCAGGAGGAACUGAGCAGGAUAGUGAAGGCCCUAAAGGCUGUUGCAUAUGGCUAAUUCAUAUUUCCACCAUCCCCGUCUAGUUUUGUAACAUGCUCAAAGUAAAAAAAAAAAAUCAACUUUGACGCUGUUUACCAUUGACUAUG